ACUAAAGUGAAGCCUCUCUCAACAUAGCAAACUAAGUGUCAAAUGAAGUUCCAUUUUCAUAAAAUAGUUGCAAAUAAACUCAUAGGAGUUCCGUCUUAUUCAAUUAAACUCUCCCCUAAUUUACACACCCAAAUGCAGACACUAGCAAAAUCGACCAUCACUCUACUUCGACCUUUCAUACCCUCAAAUUCCCAUUUCCCAUACUCUUUCCUUCACCAUUGUCACACCUUUUCCACCUCUUCUUCCUCUAACAACGAUGAAUGGAACAACGCAUGGGAAACAGCUUGGCUUCCUGACGAUUUAUCUGGCAAAAACACCCCUGCUCCUUGGGAAUCCGAUGUCAAUUUCGGCCUUGUUCCUGACACUGUUGACGCCGAGACCAAAGCAUUUGUUGAAGACAUGAAUGAAAACUGGGAUAACCGUCGCAAAAAGAGUGAAAAACCCCAGCAAAAAGAGGAAAAUGAGGAUAAAAAUGGUGGGUUGUAUAGUUUACAGAAUGUAAAGAGAGAUUAUCGGUUGAAGAAACAGACAAUUCAUGCUGGGUUAUGGAUGAAAGAGAUUGAAUUGCUUGAAGAAGCUAAGUUGGGUGUUGGUUGUGGUGAUGAUAUUGAUAAACUUCUUGAUAGUUGUUCUGAGAUCUUUGACUCUCCUAGUAAUGAUUUGAAUGACACAAAAGUGUCCAGCACAUCUGAGUUCAAGAACAAACCUGAUGGUUGGGAAACAACAGCUAAAAGUGAAGAUGCCAAUGUCUGGGACAUGUCACAGAGAGAAGAGGACAUCCUUCUGCAGGAAUUCGAACGUCGAAUGGCAUUUUGCAAGUUUCAGAUAGCAAGCUUUAUCAAGACUCACAUUUUUAGCCGGAGGAGACCAAUAGACGGAUGGAAAUACAUGAUUGAGGUGAUAGGACCAAACGCAAGAAAAGGUAAGGGUAGUGUUUCACGGUUACCAGGCCUUGCAGAUCCUGCUACUCAACCAUUCACAGAGGAAAGAACACCAGUUCUUCGUGGCCGCCUCACCUCCCGUAAGACCAGAUAGUGUCCUAGCAAUAAUCUUGGAUCGGCUCAUGUCUCGUCAUUUCGGAAGCACACUAAUGUUCUAGUUGUAUAUAUGUGUUAUGUACAAUCUAGCCUAUCUAGGCACAUAUGAUAUGAGUUUUGCUGUCGCGAAGCUAUGAAUUAUUGGGUUGGAUUAUGUUACUCAUUUUGCUAACUACAACGUUCUUGUAGGACAAGGAGUCGAGAACUACCCCUAAGCAUCUAACUCCUGUUUGCUCAAUCAAUUUCAUUGCCAGUUUCA